GACUGUGUUAUUUCUGAGCUUUCUGCAAGCCUCUCACAUGCCCGCCUUGAAGUAGCCGAGCUAGAGGCCGGGCUGGCUGAGCGUGAUGCCCGCCUCACUAGCCAAACUCAUGAAAUGGCUGACCUUGAAACCCAACUCAAUUCUUCCAUUCGUCUAGUACAAAGUUUGCAUUCUCGACUGGCUCAUGGCAGGCAACAGCUUAAUAAUCAACUUACCCGGCUGGCUCAUAUUUCUUCCAAAGAACUGCCAAGUGAAAGACAGGCCUAG